AUAAAACAAUUCUAAUGCCAAUUUCAAUAUCUCCCAUUUUCCUAAACCACUCCAAAUAGUUUCCCAAGGAUUCAAUCUUGAAUGGCUUCUACCCGCUUUACCCAUCAUCUUCACCCACCCUUCUCUAUUGUAGAGACCUGCAAAUCCAUGGACCAACUCAAACAAAUCCCAUGCCGAACAAUAACAUUAGGCCUAGCAAAAGCACCUGUCUUCCACAACUAAGCUAUUUCAUUUUGCUAUUUGAACAAAGCCGGCGACAUGGACCAUGCACUCAAAUUGUUCGACCAAAUUCCUGAAUUGAAAAGCGUCUUCCUUUGGAACACAAUGAUCAAAGGCUACUCUAGGAUUGAUUCUCCAAAACAUGGGAUUUCAGUGUAUCUAAACAUGCUGAGACAGAAUGUUAAGCCUGAUAAUUACACCUUCCCUUUCCUUCUCAAGGGUUUCCACAGGAAUGUUGGGUUUUCAUGCGGGAAACAGUUGCAUUGUCAUGUGGUGAAUUUCGGGCUAUGUUCUAUUGUCUUUGUGCAAAAUGCUUUGAUCCACAUGUAUUCAUUGUGUGGUCAAAGGGAAAUGGCACGUCGGCUUUUCGAUAUUAGUCGUAAAACCGACGCGAUUACUUGGAAUGUGAUUAUAACCGGAUAUAAUCGAAUGAAGCGAUACGAUGAAACAUGUAAGCUUUUUGACGAGAUGGAGAAGAAUGGAGUGGUUCCUUCUUCGGUUACUUUGGUUUCGUUGCUGUCCGCAUGUUCUAAAUUGAGAGAUUUGGAGGCCGGCAAGCGGAUUCACAACUAUAUUGAAAGAUGCGAGAUAGAACGUAGGUUGAUUUUGGAUAAUGCUUUGAUGGAUAUGUAUGCAGCUUGUGGAGAAAUGGAUGUAGCGGUUGCGAUUUUCGAUAGGAUGAAAACAAGGGAUGUGAUUUCAUGGACUACAAUGGCUUCAGGGUUUAUAAACAAGGGAGGCAUCGAUUUGGCAAGAAGUUAUUUCGAUCAAAUGCCCGAAAGAUAUAAUGUUUCAUGGACUGCAAUGAUCGACGGAUAUAUUAGAGUGAAUUGUUUUAAAGGGGCUUUGGUAUUGUUCCGACAGAUCCAAUCAUCGAAUAUACGGCCGGAUGAGUACACUAUUGUGAAUAUUCUCACAGCUUGUGCUCAUCUCGGGGCAUUACAGAUAGGAGAAUGGAUCGAGAUCUAUAUUGACAGAAACAAGGUCAAGAAUGAUGUCUUUCUGGGAAAUGCUUUGAUUGACAUUUAUUCCAAAUGCGGUAGUGUCGUAAAAGCGCAAAGAGUAUUCUCCAACAUGCCACGAAAGGACAAAUUUGCAUGGACAGCCAUGAUUGUUGGCCUUGUUAUUAAUGGCUAUGGUGAAGAAGCUCUUGGUAUGUUCUAUGAAAUGCUAAGAGCUUCUAUAAAACCAGAUGAGAUAACUUACAUUGGUGUUCUUUGUGCCUGUAGUCAUGCCGGCAUGGUACAUGAAGGACGGAAGUUCUUUGCUAGCAUGACUACCGAACAUGAGAUUGAACCCAAUGUAAUGCACUACGGGUGUAUGGUUGAUCUUCUAGGUCGAGCGGGACAUUUGCGAGAAGCUUGCGAGGUUAUAAAGAAUAUGCCAAUGGAACCAAAUACAGUUGUUUGGGGAGCUCUUCUUGGUGCUUGUAGAGUUCAUAAAGACGUUGGAAUUUCCAAAAUGAUGGCUAAACAGAUUCUCGAAUUAGAACCCCGAAAUGGGGCUGUUUAUGUUCUAUUGUGCAAUAUAUAUGCAUCUUGCAAAAGAUGGGAUAAUCUGCAUGAACUAAGGGAGUCAAUGAUGCAAAGAGGAAUCAAGAAGACCCCAGGCUGCAGUUUGAUUGAGAUGAAUGGAGUUGUUCACGAAUUUGUUGCCGGUGACCGUUCACAUCCUCAGUCAAGAGAAAUUUUCUUGAAGUUAGAUAGCAUGACAAGGGACUUAAAACUUGCUGGGUAUUCUCCGGACACUUCCGAGGUUUUCCUUGACAUGGGGGAGGAGGAUAAGGAGAGCACAUUGUACAGGCACAACGAAAAGCUAGCAUUAGCCUUCGGGCUUGUUAGCUCGGAACCUGGGGUUACCUUAAGGAUAGUGAAGAACCUUAGAAUGUGUGUAGAUUUUCACAUCGUGGCGAAACUAGGGUCGAAGUUGUACGAUAGAGAAGUGAUCAUUCGAGACCAAACUCGGUUCCAUCAUUUCCAGCUUGGCUCAAGUUCAUGUAAAGAUUAUUGGUGA